AAAUCGCGGCAUAUAUGACAAAUAAAACAAAAAACCGAUGUUUCGUGUACAAAACAUACUCCCAAAGUCCCAGAAGAGAACUAAGCCAAUCUUAAUAAAAAAGGUAAGAAAUCUCAAAUGAUCUGCUACCAAAUUCAAUCAUAUCCCAUAUAGUGAACAAAUAUUCAACUACUUUUGAAUCAAUCAUCAAAUAAUUCAAUGGCGAGCAGAAGAUUAUUGCAGUAUGCAGCUCAAAGAAUGAGAUAUGGUGUUGGAAUCAGGAGUUUUGGUGCAGUUCCUGAGUCUCAAAUUCCUUCAUCUUCACAAAAUCUCAUUAACUUGGAGUAUGAGUACAGCGCUCACAAUUACCACCCAAUUCCCAUGGUGUUCUCUCAAGCAAGGGGUUCUUCGAUAUGGGAUCCGGAGGGAAAUAAAUAUGUUGACUUUCUUUCUGCAUACUCUGCUGUUAAUCAGGGACACUGCCACCCUAAGAUCAUGAAGGCAAUGAUUGAGCAGGCAGAAAAGCUCACCCUCAGCUCUAGAGCUUUCUAUAAUGAUAGAUUUCCCCUAUUUGCAGAGAGGAUAACCAGUAUGUUUGGAUAUGAUAUGGUGCUGCCAAUGAAUACUGGGGCAGAAGGGGUGGAAACUGCUCUAAAGCUUGCAAGAAAGUGGGGUUAUGAAAAGAAAAAGAUUCCUGACAAUGAGGCUAUUAUUGUUUCAUGUUGCGGUUGCUUUCAUGGUCGUACUCUAGCUGUCAUCUCCAUGAGCUGUGACAAUGAAGCUACACGAGGUUUUGGUCCUCUGUUGCCAGGUCAUCUUAAAGUUGAUUUUGGAGAUGAAGUUGCCCUUGAGAAGAUAUUCAAAGAGCAUGGAGAUCGUAUAGCUGGAUUCUUAUUCGAACCCAUUCAAGGCGAGGCAGGGGUCAUAGUUCCUAAAGAAGGUUACUUGAAAGCUGUCAGGGAUCUCUGCAAUAAAUAUGGAGUAUUGAUGAUUGCUGAUGAAAUACAAUGUGGCUUGGGUAGAUCUGGAAGAAUGCUGGCUUGUGAUUGGGAGGGUGUUCGCCCAGAUGUUGUUAUUCUUGGAAAAGCUUUGGGAGGUGGUGUAAUGCCUGUCAGUGCUGUUCUUGCUGACAAAGAUGUGAUGCUGUGUAUUCGACCAGGAGAACAUGGAAGUACAUUUGGUGGAAAUCCAUUGGCAAGUGCAAUUGCUGUUGCUUCACUUGAUGUUCUCAGAGAGGAAGGGCUUGCUGAGAGGUCUGCCCAGUUGGGAGAUGAGCUUAGACAAUUGCUGACUGAGGUUCAGCAGCAGUUCCCUAGUUUCAUAAAAGAAGUGCGUGGAAAGGGUCUGUUUUAUGCAGUUGAGCUCAAUAGCAAGACUCUGAACCCUGUGUCAGCUUAUGAUAUUUGCCUCAAGUUAAAGGAGCGAGGCAUUCUUGCUAAGCCCACCCACAACACAAUAAUAAGAUUAACUCCUCCACUUUCAAUAAGUAUGGAUGAGCUUAAACUUGGAAGCAAGGCACUUUCUGAAGUAUUUGAGUUUGAUCUUCCAAAGAUGCAGACGAAGAAACCUGAACAUGUCACUCCAGCAGAUGCUGAUGUCUGUGAUCGUUGUGGUAGAAACUUGUAUGCUUCAGAGUAAAAUUCUACUCAGUUACCAGCACUUAGCUCAUGAACUCCUACAUAGCCAACCUCCAUGUUGCUAUUAGAAAAAUCAGGCCCUUCUUUCAUAUUCUCUGAAUUCAUGUGAUUUUAGUUACUACUAUAUAGGUGUUUUAGGUACUAGAUUAAACUUUCAUCUAUCCAAUUAAAACAGUAUAUUAUUCAGGACAACUUUCUCCUAUUAGAUCACAAUCAUUGAUAGUGUGAAGGAUCACAACAUACAUCGUGAUGUGUGGUUGUGAAUCAUAUGUAUUGUAUAACUGUAGAUUGUCUAUAAUAAAGAAAGCAAUCAGAGAGAAUGAAGAAUGAUUCUCGUCUGCAAGCCAAUUAUUAUAA